UGUUGGAGAGUGUUUUGUUUCUUUCUGCCAAUUCUUGAUUCUCCAUGGAUUUAAUGCUAGAUAACUAUGAAGGCAUAUUAUUAUCCUUAGAAUCCCAGAAAUCAGCCCCAGCUCCAUUUUUGACUAAAACAUACCAGCUCGUUGAUGAUCCCACAACAAACCACAUAGUUUCUUGGGGUGAAGAUGAUACAACCUUUGUUGUUUGGCGUCCAUCGGAGUUUGCUCGUGAUCUUCUUCCCAACUAUUUCAAGCACAGCAAUUUCUCUAGCUUCGUCCGCCAACUUAACACCUAUGGUUUCAGAAAGAUUGUUCCAGACAGAUGGGAAUUUGCAAACGAUUUCUUUAAAAAGGGUGAGAAAAAAUUGUUAUGUGAGAUCCACCGGAGAAAAACAGCUCAGCCUCAAGUGGACCUCAAUCACCAUCACCACCACCACCAUCUCAGCCACUCAAUCAGUAGCCCAAGUUUCUCCCAGUAUACAAGCCGAGUCAGCAUCUCACUAUCAGACUCCGACGAGCAGCAACCACCCAAUUGGUGUGAUUCACCACCACUCUCUUCUCCCACCGGCAUCUCCGUCUUAGCGAACGCCACCACCACCAGCAACAGCAUUUCAGUCUCUGCGCUUUCAGAAGAUAAUCAAAAGCUUAGAAAGAGAAACAGUAUGCUCAUAUCUGAAUUAUCCCACAUGAGAAAACUAUAUAAUGAUAUUAUUUACUUCGUUCAGAACCAUGUGAAGCCAGUGGCACAUAGCAAUUCUUAUCCUUCUCUAUUCCCAUGUAACUCAUCUGCACAACCUUCUGCCGCCGUACCUUUGGCGGCAUCUACUAAUUCGAAACAUAAUUUGAAAGCCAUAUUUCAACCUGAACAUUCUAUAAACCAGCGAGUGACACUGCCCGUGAACAGUACAGUGAUAAGUCUUGAAAGACCGGCAACAAAUAGCGAAAUGUGCAAUACAAAGCUGUUUGGUGUGCAACUCCCAUCAAAGAAAAGAUUACACUCUGAAUUUUCUUCUUCUGUGGAGAGUAAGAAGGCAAGAUUGAUCUUGGAGAAGGAUGAUUUGAGGUUGAAUCUCAUGCCACCAUUUCCUUGUUAGCUUCUCUUUCAAGAAAAAUUGAAGUCGCUAGAAUUUUUAUUUUUUUUUUUAUUUUUUUUUUCUUACAGUCUUUUGGUAAUUAAGACUUUAAUCCUGAUAUUAUCUUGAUCCACCAGCCAUGAAUGCUGGUGGCUUUUGAUUAUAUUCACAGAUAAAGAUCAAGUUAAAUUCAACAAAACGUUGAUUGGAGCAUGUUUGAGUGAGUUUAAAAGUUACUUUUAAUUAAGUAUUAUGUUCCACUUA